UUUCGGAUUUAAAACCCGAUCUGAAGCCUGUCAAUCUGCCACAAAGUCCUCAGUGUGAGGAGGAAACUGUAGUUGUUUAGAAUUGGGUUCUUCUUUUCUAUUCUGUUCUCCUGCGCGCCACCAUGACGCACAUCGCCGCUCUCCUCACUGUCAUUUUAACAUCAUCACUCCUGCUCCACGCGGCUGCAGAGCGAGCCUCGAUCCUCUGCACCUGGACUAAAGUUUUGCCCAAUAAAGAAGUACACUACAGUUUCCUCCGGGGCGACCCCCUCACGGCCUCUCCAUCCCUGCGGCUCUACCACAGCGCGUGGUCCGGGCAGCAGCGCGCGCCGCUCAGCUGCGCCUGGAGCGAUGACGCGGCGGUGAUCCAGAACUACUUGUCUCUGUGCCGCGAGCGCACGAAGGAAUUCUCCGAUUAUCCGGAUGCGAGGAUCGAUGUGGAGUCCAUGUUGGGGGCUGAUGGACUGUGCGUCUCUGUGGGUGAUGCAGGGUCUGCAGAGCGCGCAGGGAAGAGGUCUGUGAGGAGCGUAGGUGUUCAGGGUCAAGCUGAGAGGUCAGAGGUCAGGAGACAUCAGCGCGUAAAGCGAGGGUUCAUCGUACCGGGGACUCUGUGGUGCGGAUCUGGCAACAAGGCGCCGUCAUAUGCAGAUUUGGGAGUUUUUGCAGACACGGACAGCUGCUGCCGUGAACACGACCAGUGCAAACACACCAUCCUGUCCUUUCACUCCCAGUUCGGUGUCUUCAACAGCAACAUCUUCACCAUGUCUCACUGCGACUGUGACAACAACUUUCGCAGGUGUCUGACGGAGGCGAAUGACAGCAUAUCUGACGUGGUGGGUUACACCUUCUUCAACCUGCUGAAGAUGCACUGCUUCGAGUUCUCACACAGACUCCAGUGUUCGCAGAGAAACUGGUUCGGCAUGUGUAAAGAGACUAAAAUGUCGCUCUACGCUGAGGUGCACCCGCCCACGCUGUACGAGUCUCCCAACCCAACAGAGGUCAGCAUGAACAGCUCCUUCAUCAACACCACCCUGCCCGGAGAGUUGCUGCGGAGCAACAUGUCCAUCACUGCUGCAGCAUCCACCGUCCCUACACUGUCUACGAGUCCCCCUGCCUCUAACAUGGCCACCUCUGCAGGACCAGCAGCCGAGAGAAGAGACGACCUGCAGAACACUUUAGUGACCAGAACUCACACUGAGCUGGAGUCUACAGAGAACCAGCUGUCAUGUUCCGUCUACAAGGAUCUGGACCUGUGCAGGAACAAGAUCCUCCCACAGAAGAAGAGAUACGGCCUGUACAACCCCGAGGCCCGGACGCUCUACCACUGCAACUGCACCGACAGAUUAUUCCAGACUUUGGCUAAACAGAGACAGCUGACCGAAGUACAGGCUCUCCUGCUCGGACAUGUGUCCAAAUCUUGCUUUCUGCCACAGGACUGCUCAGCAGGAAAAAUCUGUACAGCCGCUGUGGUGAGAGCAGAGCUGCCUGAGCUGGAGCAGAGGAGCAGAGUGGACAUGGAGGAGCAGCACCAUCUACAGGCCGUCAGCCUGAAGGUCAGGAGGCCAAACAUGAGGAGAGCCAAGAGGAGAGACAGAGCUGUUCGGCUCCACAAACUGUGUCUCAGGGUGGUCCGGUCCAAACUCAACCUGAACCGGUCCAGAACACACAGUCAGGACUCAGCUGUCAGAGACAGGGAGUGAAUAAUGUGGAGAGUCAAAGUGUUCAAUGUUACAUGGAUGAAUAAGACAUCAUUAUUGGCCUUUUUACAUUUAACCCUCUAUGGUACGGUGUUGCCCUCAGGCAACAUUCCCAUUUUUGGCCUGUCAGAUUUCUUUCUAUGUUUUUGAGUGAUGCAAUACUUUAAAAAAGAUUGAAAAGUAUAGGGAACCAAUGGCAAUGCUUUGAUUUGUCACAUGACCUCCAGGAGGCCAUAUUGAAACCCGUUUUUUGCAGUCUUUUUGCACCACAAAAAAAUCACUCAAAACAUAAUUUUCUGGCCCUUUACCAUCUGGUAAAAAAAUAUUCCUACUGAUAGGUGAGUAAACCUUCAUUUUUGAUAGUUUCAUACACUUAGACUGUUGAAGACAUUCAUUUCAAUGGGUCGUUGGUUCAAUGGUGCAACGUUUCCUACAGGCAACAUUCAGACAAGAAACCGGUUAAAAAAGUUCCUUUUAUAAUGUUUUUAAAUUUAAAAUGGUAUGUAUUUUACCCUGUUGAAGCUACUGAAUCUUUUUUUCCCCUAACUGGCAUCAUAAUGCGUACCAUAGAGGGUUAAUUCUAGCACUUUUAAUGUCAGAUUCUCCUUCCUCCAAAGUCAAGUUGAUAAAUGUUUCAGAAAAAAGAGGUAUGUGACUGGCUGUUGGUUUAAUCUCAAUGAACUAAACGAUCAUUUAAUUUGAUUUUACCCUAUUUAAAGAUCAACAAUGAUGCCAUUCCAAGGUAUAUUAUAUCAAAAAGUGAGAGCACUUAUUUCCAUUAAGAUGUUAAAAUAGAAAACAUAAAAAACUGAUUUUGGAAUAAGGCUACAAAUACAACAGAAACUGUUUAGAGUUAGAAGAAUCAUAUUUUUUUAAAACUUUGCAUAGUUAUUCAACAUGUUUAUCUGCAUCAUAUGAUUAUUCAUUUAUGUAGAAUUGAACACUUUGGGUCCACAUAUAAUAUUACAAUAUAAUGCAUUCAUAUUGUCUGCAUCAGAGAUAAAGUGAAACUGAGUUUUCACCAAAUUGUUGGGGCAAACUUUUCCACUUUUUGGGGAUAAGAAAAAGAUUGAAAACGUUUUCUAAAGGCACAGGUAUAACUAAUAACAUUAAAAAUUAGUUAAUUCAGGUGCACCAGUUCAAGAGCUGUGUCAUUAUUCAUGCUGGCUCACUGGAAUAACCUCCCGGGACACUUAAUACAACUGAGGCUCCAUUAAAGUGAUUAGUGUCACCUAUGCUUUCUUGGUAGCGUGGCUUUAUUGGUGGUAGUCUCUGUGAGUCCAGACUGAAAUAUCACAACAACUAUUUGGUGAAUUGUCAUGAAAUUUAGCACCAGCAGUCAUGUUCCCCAGAUGAUGAAUCCUACUGAUUUUGAUUGUCCUUUUCCUUACAACAACUUUUAUGGAGAAUUCCUUGUCAUUUAGAUCUAAUUAAUACAUGUUAGCAUGCUAACAUGCUAAACUAAAAAUAUAUUGGUGGCACUUUUCCCUGAGAUUAGAGGGGUCAGAGAACUGUUAUUGACGUGAGGCGUAUUUGUAAAUAUUUGCACUGUUUUAUAUGAGUUGUAGAUAGAUGAAAAUGAUGUUGUCAGCUCAGCGACGCUAAGAGAAAAAAAUGUAAAUAUCUGUACAUAAAGUGACAUAUUUGGUUCAUGAUGUGAGAAGAAACUGAAUGAGUGAUUCAAGGAAUAGUUUAAAAUUUUGGGAUUUUGCUUUCUUGCAGAGAGUUAGAUGAGUAGACACCAAGCUUAUGUCUGUGUACUUAAUAUGAAGCUAGAGCAGGUUAGCCUAGCUUAGCACAAAGACUGUUAUCAGGGCCAGACAGCUAGCCUCGUUUUUAACGGUGAAUUUUUGUUUUACAAUAUGGUCUUUGUACUGAUUAUGUCUGAUAUCAGUAUGGUUAAUUGAAGCAAGGUGGGAGAAACAUUUAAGUAAGAUCGAAGGUGAAGUGGCAACAUCCAGGGCUGAAAUUGAAGCCAAUGCUAAAUUGCCAAAACCUGCAAUUCCUGGAGUGGCCACUCGAGGCUGGCUACAUCCUAGUUGACUCCCGUAUUAAAAUGCCCAAAUUUACAGCAAAAAUAAACAGUUUAGGUCUCUAUAGCUAAUAUCCCCCUCCAUGACAAUUGUGAGGGAGGUGAAUUGUCAUAUAUGUCCAACGUUUCAUUUAUUUAAAGGCUUAAAGUCAUAUAAUUAACAUACAUGACCGCCCCAUAAAACCACAAACUGUUGUUUUGUUCUUUAUGUUACACUAAGCUAAUGUCUCCUGACUGUAGCUUCAUAUUUCACAGAAAACACAAGUGGAAU